ACCAUAUACUGCAAUGCACACCCCGGUAGGACAGCUGCAGAUGCAAGUGACCCCUAUGGGCUUCACAAAUGCGGUAGCAGAAGCUUAGAGGAGGAUGCUCGCCGUCGCAGGGGAUAUGUUUCCGGAAAAGUGUGAACCCUACAUAGAUGAUAAUCCCGUGAAAGGCGCAAGAUACAAAGAUGAGACGGAAGUACAACCGGGAGUGAGGGAGUUCGUCUGGGACCACUUGCAGGAUAUUAAGGACUUACUCCAGCGAUUCAUAGUCUAUAACAUUACUGCAAGCGGACCCAAGAGCAUCCUGGCCGUCCCGGAAGUAACCAUACUUGGAUUCCGCUGUGGAGCUUAUGGGAGGAGACUCGAUCCAGCAAAGACUGAUAAGAUCUCUCAGUGGCCGACACCCCUGCGUGCCACGACGGAAGUACGAGCCUUCCUAGGGGUGGUUGGGUUCUGGAGGAUCUUCAUCAAAGGUUUCGCAAAGAUAACAGAACCCAUCCGCACGAUGAUUAGGGAAGGUGGCACUAUGGAUUGGACAGAGGAUAGGGAAGAGGCAUCCCAGACCCUGAAAGACAUCCUGUCGUCCGAUCAGGUCACGUUAGCAGCACCCUGUUUCAAUGACGAGUUCAAGAAGGAGGUCUUAGCAAUCCUGCAUUGUCUUAAGACCUUCCAAGCAUACCUGUUCGGGAGGCGAUUUAUCCUAAGGAUCAAUCCCACCAACGUUGUCGGAGCCCUAAAGAACUACAAGCCCAUAGACCCGACUAUCGGCAGAUGGAUAGGCUUCAUAUGGCAAUUCGACUAUAAGGUCGAGCGAAUUGCAGGGCUUCGAAAUAGGGCAGAUGGGUUGAGCAGAAUUUGUAUCACGCCAGAAGGAGUAGAGGACGCAGAACCAAUUGACGUCUUCCUGGAGUACGAAGGAGGGACCCUCGUCGGGGAUAAUGAGAUGGAAGAUCCGACAAUUACAACAGGACAGUUGCUGAUUCAGACCCUGGAAAAGGGCGCACCUGCAGUAGUUGCAGAACUUGGGGAAGGACCAGUCACCACGGUCAGGCGUAAAGAGGAAAAAGACUCAUGGGGAGCAGAAGUAGGGGCCAGAGAGGAAUUGAUGGCAAUGACCGUGGAAGGGGGACGGGACGCUGUAAUGACAUUGGCCGAAACCUGGGCGCAGAAGGAGUGUCAGUACCUAGUCAACCUCACUCCGGAGGAGCAGGGUGCGGAUCAGAACGAACAGGAAUUCUUCCUCAUACAAAUGUAUGAGGGCGUUUUCAAAGAAAUCGGCUUGCUGCUUGUCGGGAACAAACAACCCACGGAAGUCGGUCCCAAGGCAAGAGAGGAAGUAGAAAAGUACGUCCUAAGAAAUGGCCACCUGUUCAAGAGAGAGGAAGGGAUGAUGCCUAGACGCGUCGUCUGCGGGAGGUCUAGGCAGCUGGAUAUAAUUCAGGCAAUGCAUGAUGGGCUAGUUGGGGGUCACCGGUCGUCAAAGGGGACAUUUGCAAAGAUUGUGCCCCUGUAUUUCUGGCCAGGAAUGGCAGGCAUGGUCGCAAUGUAUUGUCAAACGUGUCUGAUAUGUCAAGAGAGGUGCUCCAUACGGGUUUACGAGCCCCUUAGACCCACCCGGGUACUGGAACCCGGACACCUUGUUCACCUCGACCUUGCCGUUAUGCCCGUAUCGACGGAUGGGUUUAGAUACAUCUUGGAUGCAAGGGAUAAUCUUAGUGGCUAUGUAGAAGCCAUAGCCCUCAAGAAGAAGACAGGGAAAGCAGUGGCCGACUGGGUGGAGGACUUCUACCUAAGGCACCCCUUCGUGCGCAGGUUUAUAGCAGACAAUGGGACAAAAUUCAUUAACCAGGAGGUGUUGAACAGGCUUAAGACACUGUGUGUACCGAUCAAGAUCACCGAGCCCUACCAUCCUGAGGUAAAUGCACUGGUAGAAAGGGGUCACCGGACUUUGAAGAACACAAUUGCAAAGUUGGCAGCAGAUAAUUUGGGAAGUUGGCCACGGUUUCUCAAGCAGGCAGUCUUCGCCGAGAACAUGACUCCAAAAAGAACAACGGGAUGUAUUCCAGCAGAACUUUGGUAUGGAAGGGAGAUCGAUUUUCCAAUAGAAGCUUUGGUCCCUACCUGGAACAGGCUAAAUGAUUACCCACACUUGAGCACGGAAGAGUUAAUCACCGCACGUUGUCAGCAGAUUGCCAGAAAUAAGGAGGCGCUCGAGGAAGUAGUCAAUCGUGUGACGGAUAGCCGAAUGAGGGAUAAAACAAGAUGGGACCAGGUUAAGAACAUUCGGAAGGAGCCACUCCAGGUGGGGGAAAAAGUGCUAAUUAGGAACUCGGCUCUGGAAAGCACAUGGUCCGGGCAGCUGGGAAAAAGAUUCAAAGGGCCCUACAGGAUCGCUAAGAGCGUCGGACUGAACACAUUUGAACUUGAAGAUCUCGACGGUACUAACAUAAGAGGGCCAUCUCCGGGACAGAGACUGGUCAAAUUUUUGAGCAGGGAUCCAGUGGAACAGUGGCUACAAGAAGCCCAAGACAGGGAAACUGGGGGAUUGACAGCCUGAGAGGCGGGUAGCUGGCUAUAAGUUCUGGACCGCCUCCCUGUGGAAGUGAUCAUGACCACAG